UCGAUGAAUUAUGGUGCUAUAGGCGCCGUUAUCGGACAUGAAAUUACCCAUGGCUUUGAUGACACUGGUAGACGGUACAAUGCUGUUGGCGAACUGGACGACUGGUGGGAUAACAAGACACUGGGUCAGUUUAUGGAACUCAAAAAAUGUUUCGUUGAACAGUAUGGUUCGAUUGUUGAACCCGGUACUGGCGGCCUGAAAUCUUUGAAGUCCGCGAAGUUAGUGUGCAACUAUGUGGUGUGUCAGUUGUCGAUGUCGGCUUCAGUGACCGAAAAACAGAAAGUUGGUAGUGCGCGAAAAGAUCCCACAACGAGCAUAAAUCAUUUCCUGUAA